AGAAUCUAGAUAAAAAUGAGGGAAGAGGAGAAAUCUUCUGAUUCAGUAAAGAAAUCAGGAAGAUAUACGAUAGUUGGAUUUGAUCUUGAUACUACUGGUAGAAAGCUUGAAGAUGAUAUUUGUCAUAUCGGAGGAUUCUACAGAAGUCAGAAGGGAGAAAACGUGACAUAUUCUCAGUACAUAAUGCCCAACAGAACACCAAACCCUGCAGCAAGACAAGCUUUUAGCAUUCGUGUUGUCAACAUUGGAAGAAGCAGAAUACUGAAGGACCUAAGCACAGGCGAGGUGUUAAAAACUAAAACAGAAAUUUCUGGAUUAAAGGAUUUUUUGAACUGGUUGGAAAAGGCAGGAGCUGGAACAGACGGUGUAAUUCUUACCUCUCAUGAACAGGAUCGUAAGAUUUUAGUUCCUCUGUUCAUUAAAUCUCUUGAGAGGUCUCACCUCCUGCAACAGUGUUCUGAUAUUAUAAAAGGAUUUUGUAACUCUACUGAUGUGAUAUCUUCAAUUUCUAACAAGGAGCUAAUUACUUCUCUAUCUCUCCGAUCCUUGUGUAAAACUGUUCUCCGGGAUACGAACCUUCCAACCUCUAGAGCUGUUCAUAGAUGUCAACGAGUUAUUGAGAUAUUAUACAAACUGUCCGACCCUGAAAUCCAAAGCAAGGAAAAAAUUCCUUCACAGGAUCAAACAGAAACUAGAGAAACUUCAACCUCAGCGGAAACAGAAACUAGAGAAACUUUAACGCCAGCUGAAACAGAAACCAGAGAAACUUCAACGCCAGCUGAAACAGAAACUAGAGAAACUUCAACGCUAGCUGAAACAGAAACUAGAGAAACUUUAACGCCAGCCGUAACAGAAAGUAAAGAAACUUCAACGCCAGCUGAAACAGAAACUAGAGAAAAUUCAACGCCUGCUGAAACAGAAGCUAGAGAAACUUCAACGCCAGCUGAAACAGAAAGUAAAGAAACUUCAACGCCAGCCGAAAUAAAAACUAGUCCAACCAUGUCUAGUCUAGAAACUACAGGUUUAACCGAACCACAACAAAAGAAACUUCAAGAAUCUAUUUUAUUGUUCGUCACCACCCUAGAGGAAGAAAGAGAAAACCUGUGUAAACUUGAAAAGACUGAUAAAAUACAGAGCACGCUGCGACCUGUAUUUGAGGAUAGGUUAGGAGAAGGAUGGAAGGUUCGAGAGAGAAUGUUGAGAAUCAGACGAGCCCUGGCUGAAGCAAAUGUUGGAUACAAGAAACUAGAAGAGAGCCGGAGAUCAGGGAAACUGAACCAGGUUUUGGAACCGGUCAAUCUACAGGAGGAAGAGAAGAAUGAGCUGCUCAAAAUUCUAGAGAAACAUUUUAAAGGAAGUUGCAAAGUUCACUAAGAUUUUCCUAAUUUUCGAGUCCAUCCUAGAAUUCGACGGUUUCCAGUCUCAAUUCCAUACAAUCCUCGGUAGAUGAUUUCAUGGAACCUGGAUAAUUGUUUAAUUUGGAACCCUUGAUUCCUGUAAUGAGUAGUGAGCUCCCACUCACAAAUAUAUAGAGUCUUUGAUUUGAUUUGAUUAAAUCGAUAUUGAAAGCAUUAUUUAAAAUACUCUAAAUGAAUUAUCUCAUAGAUGUGAUGUUUUUAUACUAUUACUAGUUGCCAUAAAAAAACUCAAUAAAAUGUCGGUAUAAAAAAAGAUU